AUGUCUCUUCCUUAUCUCAAAUCGCUGAAAAAGCCUGAGUUGGCCGAGUUGGCCGAUCAGACCGACCUGCCACACUACGAUGACUAUAACAAGAACGAUCUUGUCGUAGUUCUGGACAGACAUCUCCGCGAAAACCGCUCUAUCUUCUCCGGACUCAAGAGCCUCUCUGAAUACUACUCGCGCCUGGCCUCCCCACCCCGCAGAGGAUCGCCCGUGAAGCGCGAAACCGCGCGAACUCCAGCGCGGACCCCAGCACGCCGCUCUGCGAAGAAGGAAGUGAAGGAAGAGGAAAGGGAGGAAACUAGCGAGGGUGUGGAAGAACCAAUGCCCAGCCCAGUUGUAGUCAGCCCGACUCCCGCUGUGGCGCGCACGAGCACUCGUCAGUCCGCGCGCCAGACACCCCGCCAGACACCCCGUCAACCAGCUCUCGCUACUGUCGUGGACCCAGAGCGAUCAUUGCCCGCAUCUCCAGCUGCCAUCACUGAAGCCAUCGAUGCGCAGACGCUCAAAUUGCGCGAGAGCCUUGAGGAUGCAUGGACUGCGUCCGGCUUGGUAGACCGGGCGCACUCUCUGCGAGCAACGCUGAGCAGCGUGAAGGCAGUUGAGAUCAUUGUUCUGCUACUUGAGAGUGGCAGUCUUGCGAAAGAGUUGAUCCCGGUACGCUACCUUACUACUACACCGGCUGUGCAAGCCGCGCAGAUUCCUCCGAUCCCCAUCAGGGUUCCUGAUCUAUUUGUGUUGCUUGAAGGAGCAUUCUGGGCGCCAUUUUCGCUUUGGUUCCUCACUUGUCUGUUUUUGCCUUUGGUCUCGGCCUACUUUAUCAACUUGAGCUGGAAGGCUUCUAGCAGUGCGCGUCGCACCCGGUCUGCGCCCAGUCUCGCCCAGUUUGAUCCGUUGACUUUCAACAUCGUCAAGGCGUUGCUGGUGCACAUUGUGUUUGGCAAUGAUUUCAACUUCUUUGGUUUCUAUAGCCGGUAUGCCAUUGGGAAGGUUGUUGACUCUGUCCCUGGUGGAGACCUCGGUCUCUUGACUGGAUCCGCUAUCGGCGGUGUUAGCGCUCUGUACGAGGCUAUUCUGCACCGCUCGUAA